ACGCAACGUCGUUCAACACUAAAGAUCUUUCUCUGUGGCUGUCAGAGUCCUUCGCACCGCGGAUUUCGCGAAAUCCCGUGACUCACGCACCCCACCAGCCUGCACCGAAAAUAUUACCGGAUACGGGAAAAAUGCACAAGUCAAUUAUUCUAAAAAUCAGCCCAGUCAGGGGAAAGGGAGGAACAAGGAAUUUACUAAAUGAAAAGAAGGAAAAAUGACUAGUUACUGUGUGGGAAGGCUUGGGAGGGGCUUGAAAAGUAUCAACUUGUAUGUUUUAGCUGUCGAGGCGUGCACCAAAUCAAACCAUUCCUAAACUGCAGGGAAACGCUAGGUAUCGCAAACUUUCUAUUACGUUAGCGGAGCACGGAGGACCGGAGGCGACACGCAGCUCAAUAAAACCGCUGUGAAGCUGCCGAACGACUCGCAAUCAGACGAGCAACUGUACCAAGUGCCCGGAGCGGCGGAUUAGUGCCUUUUUUUGUCUUGCAAACGUGUGUGAAGGGAACAGGAAAGAAACUGCAAAAGGAGCAAACGAGAAAAAAAAGUCACAAAGUACUUGAAAUAUGAUCACCUUACUGUUUCUCGUCCUGUUUGUUCCUCGUGUGCUGUCUUCUUCGACACAGGUGGCGACCGUCUCCCCCCAAGAUCCGGCGCUGCGGGUCGGUUCCAGCCUGACGGCGACCUGCUCCAUCAGCCCUGAGCUGGGGCUCCACGCCAGCACCCUUUUCUGGACGCUAAACGGGAGGCGUCUGCCCAGCAGCGCAUACAACCUGCUGAGCGCCACCACGCUCACCGUCACUCUCGACCGGCUCAACGGCUCCCGGCAACAGUCAGGUGACAACCUGGUGUGUCACAACAGCGGGGGUCACGUGCUGGCAGGUUCCUGUCUCUACGUCGGCAUGCCUCCUGAGAAGCCAGUGAACCUGACCUGCUGGUCCAGGAACACUAAGGACCUCACGUGCAGGUGGACGCCUGGGGGGCAAGGAGAGACCUUCAUACGGACCAAAUACACCCUCAAGUACAAGCUUAGGUGGUACGGCCGAGAAAGGGAGUGCGAGGAUUAUAACAUUGGGCAUCCGUACACGUGCUACAUCCCACGUGACCUGGCCCUUUUCACACCCUACGAGAUCUGGGUGGAGGCGUCGAACCAGCUUGGAGCUGCCGUCUCUGAUGUCAUCACCUUAGAUAUCCUAGAUGUAGUGACCACAGACCCCCCCGCCGACGUCCUGGUGAGCCGUGUGGGCGAGCUGGAGGACCAGCUCAGUGUACGUUGGGGUACACCUCCCGCCCUCAAAGACUUCCUCUUUCAAGCCAAGUACCAGAUCCGCUACCGGCUAGAGGACGGCUCCGACUGGAAGGUUGUGGAUGAUGUUGGGAAUCAGACGUCCUGCAGGCUGGCGGGUCUGAGGGCUGGCACGGUGUACUUUGUCCAGGUACGAUGCAACCCCGUGGGCAUCUAUGGCUCUAGGAAAGCUGGCAUUUGGAGUGAGUGGAGCAACCCAACGGCAGCCUCUACACCCAAUAGCGAGCGGUUGCUGACUGGGUCAUGUGACCCCAAGUCCGGGGAGCAGAAUUCCACGCUGCGGCGGGAGCUGAAGCAGUUCUUCGGCUGGGUGCGCAAGCACGCCUACGGCUGCAGUGGCAUGAGCAUCAAGCUGUACGACCAGUGGCGCGUGUGGCUGCAGAAGUCCCACAAAACGCGCAACCAGGUAGAUUCUACAAGGCGAUAAAUCAUAGCAGUCUCACAGCAAACACAAAAUAUGUAUUUUUUUAAAUGCAAAAUAGAAUAGAAUACAAGAAUGGAGUAUUCUGACGUGCACCAGGCGCCAUGCUCCUGCAGAAUACAUGGGUGAAACUUCCAGGUAAUAAAUAAAAAAAAAACUAUGGAAAUUUCAUGCACUUCAUGGUGCUGUUUACCAAGGACUUCUCAAACAGACUGGCAUUUGUGACCAGAAAGUUGCCUUCUGUCAGAUCCGUACAACUGCCUUCCGCCUUGGAAGGAUUCUCACCAAAAUCUGCAUUCCCCCCCCCAAGUGGAUUUCUUUGAUUCAUCCAUUUUGAUCUUCAUCCAGGAGCACUGAAAGAACCACCAGUCUGAAUGUAGCAUCAGUAAGUUAUUAGCAACACAAUGCAUGGAGACCAGUAAGCGUGUGGCAUCAUCCUGUGGCCAAGACUGCAGCCUCUCUUCCUCAGAAAUAAGGAAAUGGGGGCCAUCGUCACGUCAUUCAAGUGCCUUCGUAUCACAAUAUCACACCCUCGCCCCCAUCCAAAAAAAAAAAUAGAAAAAAAAAAAAUCACAGAAGGAUCAGGUGCACCGAAGAAAAUCGUCAACCUGCCUGACUCGUUUUCCACCAGCAGGAGGAGAAUAACCAACGGCCAACGGCACUUUGUUCAGCACAAGGAGUUUUGCGUGUGUUUUCUUUAAGGAUUCCACUUGCCAGCAGAUUCACUUUUUUUUUUUUAAAUGAAACCCAGCACUGUGGGCAGGUCUCCACACCAUGAUGCAGACAGCCGGUAGCUUCAUGAAUCGUGGGUGCUUGGUCACAUGGAAGCUUUGUUCUGACCCAGAGAUGUGGAGCCACCUGAGGCUGCUUAGUAGGUGGAAUUCACAUCAUUUUGUUGAACUAUGUGAACCGCGCGUGUGACUGUAUGACUGUAGACACCUUUAUUGCUUUUAUUUUUGUAUUGAACUGUAUCAGCAUAUUUAAAUACAUUUAUAUCUCUAAGUUAUGUGUAGGUAGCAAUAACAAUUACAAUAGUUGCAUAAAAUAAUUGUUCAUAAAACAAUAAAAAAAAGAUUUUAAAACCGUU